UUUCAGUGAUCCACUAUUGUGAACGCACCGAAAAGGAAAGAGAGUGGAAGAAGAGCAACAGGAACGGAAACUCAAAUCCUCUGUCAUCUUCAUGGUUAUCCAAAGUUGACCAAAACCACAGCAACCAUGAACCAUUCACAUUUUAAUUCAAAGGGACAAACUUUGAUUCCUUAACCACUAAACCAACUUCCUCUGUCCCUUCAAACCAAUCCUACACUUGUUAAAAACUCUCAAACAUCACUAAGCAAGCAACUCAAGGAAAAGUAUCUCAUCUUUCUGUUCCUUCAGAACCUUCCAAAACUUAUUCAUUAAUCACUGUGUAUUCUCUUCAUAUAAACAACCCCCUCACCUCACCAUGGAAAACCCCCCUAGAUUCAAAUUCACACCGAUCUUCUUCAUCACCGUUUCCCUCUCCCUUGGCUUAUUUUCCUUUAUCUUUUGUGUAGCAGCAGAGAUAAAGAGGAAUAAGGUGCACAUGCUUACCACUCUACUCACUGCUUCAAUUUCUAGUCCUGCAAUUCAAAAAGGUAGUUUGUUUUUGCAGGAAAAGGAUCUCAGGUGGAUUGGGAAGCUAUGUUCUUUGCCAUCAAGCAAGGCCUUUGGAUUGGGAAUUGCAGCUUUGGUUAGUUUCUUUCUCGCCCAGAUCAUUGCGAAUUCUAUAUUAUUGGAAUAUUGUUGCUGGAGAAGAAAACGAGAAUCCCAGUACAAGAUGCCUGCUUUUGCAAAGGUUCUGGUUUUCAUAUCUUGGGUAAGCUUUGGAUUUGCAGCUAUUUUAUUGAUUGCAGCCACAAGCAUGAACAGAAGGCAAGAAUAUAGAGUAGGGUGGUUGAAUGGUGAGUGCUACGUGGUCAAAGGAGGGACUUAUGCUGGUUCAGCCAUGUUGGUGCUAUUCACAGUGUGCUCUGUCAAUGGUUCCGUUUUCUCAACAUUAAAAUCUACCCAACCAAAUCAGAGUACGAAAGUGCAUAAACCAAUGGGGUGAAAAAAAAAAGGAGAAAUUAUGAAGUCCACUAGAGGAGAAUGGAAAAGUCAAAAUGUAAAAGCAAAAUUGAGGAGAGGAUUCCAAAGGAAUCUGAUUCUUUGAUUUGUUAUUGAUUAAUGGAUGUUAAUUAUGUAAAAGAAGGUCCACUAAGGGCUUAUCCAAUACAAAGGAAUCAUUUUUGUUCUUCAA